AUGACUUCUAUUGAAAAAUUUGGAACUUCAAAUCAAGAAUAAUAGAAUUAAUAAACUUAAAAAGAGGCACAAUUCUUUAAUUCGUAUAAAUCAAAUAUUCAAGUUGAUAAAAGAGAACAUUUUAUUGAAUACAAACCUUUUCACACUAACUAAACCUUAAACAAUUAAGCUCACUUUCCAUUAGGAAUAUCAAUGAACUUAAAUAAUUCAUUCUAAAUUAAGCAAAAUCAAAAAGAAAUUGAAUAAUCUAGAAAAGAAAAAGAAAUUCGCAUAUAAGAUCUAAAGAAUGUUGCAUAAAAGGCAGUUUAAAGAAGGAAAGAAAAAGUUCUUGAAAAAUACUUGUAGCCUAAUUAAAAUAUAAUUGAUGACUAUCUUUGA